CGGCCCUGUCCCGGAGCGCGCCGGGGCUCUAUGGUGCGGCGGCGGCGGGCCGCGGGCCGGGGGGUGCCGGGCCGCCCCGCUCGGUGAGGGCAGCCGGACCCCGCCUGCCGCGGGCUCUGCCCUGCUCUGCCCUGCCCGAGGGCGCCGGGAGCGGCAGCGAUGAGCGGUGCAGAGCGGCCGGAGGGGAAGGAGGCGGCGGCCGCCGGUGACCGCGGGCCCUCGCUGGGUCCCAGUGAUGCAUCUCCAGAUGAAGGAGUUGUAGAAGAUCUGCCUUUAAUAGAUGAGAAAGCUGUGGAGCAGCUAACGGAAGGAUUGAUUUCCCAUUAUCUGCCUGAUCUUCAGCGAUCAAAAUCAGCCCUGCAGGAACUUACACAGAACCAAGUGGUAUUGCUAGAAACAUUAGAACAAGAAAUUUCAAAAUUCAAAGAGUGUAACUCCAUUCUUGAUAUAAACGCUUUGUUUUCAGAAGCUAAACACUAUCACAACAAGUUAGUGAGUAUUAGAAAUGAAAUGAUGAUGAUCCACGAGAAAACAUCAAAGUUAAAAAAAAGAGCACUUAAGCUGCAACAAAAGAGGCAGAAGGAAGAAUUGGAACGGGAGCAGCAACGUGAGAAGGAACUUGAAAGAGAGAAACAGUUAACAGCAAAACCUGCAAAGAGGACAUGACAGCAGAGUAUGCAACAACAUGACUGAAUUAAUGAUUUCUGCAUUCACUGGAAUUAAGGCAGAUUUUGCUUAAAUUGGGCUAUCGCUGUUGGUAACAACAGUCUAUAGUAUUAUAAAUUCCAGAGUGGUAAUAAUAGUUGUUAACAUUUACAUUUUUUCAUUUCAGCCAUUCAAGUUGCCUUCUUUUGUAACGCUAUGCGGUUUGAUAUUAUUAUAAUGUAAAUUAAUUUAUAUAUAUAAAUGUAUAUAGGAGAACUAGGCAUCAUAGUUUUAAGUGUCUAUCCAUUUUUGUUUUCAUCUGUUCUUUUGGUGUAAAGAAUUCUGAGAGAUAUUUGAGGACUGGCGCAUGUUUUUCAGACAAAAUGCAGAAUACAACUUAAAGUUCAGUUCUCAUCACCAGACUUCAGUGCCUGCAUUUUCACUGAAACUGCUUUGUUUCAGGCAGUUGGUGGGAUGUCUUUGAUCAUAAAUACCAACUUCUUGUGCCGCCUUAGUUUGAUCCAUCUCUGAUGAACUGAAGGAAACACUUGUAUUUGCCUAAAAAUUAAUUUCAUUGCAAUGUUUGUUUUUUUUUUUGUCAUCAGGUAACUUCUAAAGUAACUUUAAAGUAACUUCUGAAUAAGUUCCCCGCUGAACUGAUUGGCAGGGGUGAAGCAGAACAYCUGAUGUGUGUCAAAAUUGACRUGUGUACAWUGUGAAGAUUAAUGAGUUUGUGCUUCCRUAAUCAAUUAAGUUAAACCAGGGAACUGUUGCUACUGUAAUAGUUUAUCAGGAAGACCUGUGUGGUCCAAGCAUAUUUUUGUGGGAUUAGAAGUUGAAGUUUCUUCAUCUUGCGUGACAAAAUAAAACAUAACCAAAACUAAAAAAUUUCCACUUCACAUGAAAUUCAGCUACCUAUAGGAAAACUAYUACAUUUAAUGUUUUCUCCUUAAARAAUKAAUCAUUUGCACUUUGGAGCUGUAUAAGAGMUUUUUUGUUAUACUGCCCUCCCCCAAACUGAUGAUUAUUACAGUGUACUGAUGGCAGAUUUGGAAUGGAGAUUGAUACCCAUUUUUCUGAAUGUAAUUCCAAUGGUGUGAASUCCCAUUCAAAUGAAUGUACAAGUUGUCUAGACUGGCAAAAGAGCUUUAAAUUAUUUGUCCCUACAGUCUAACAAACUAGUUAUUUUAUAUCUGUGUUUCUUCUUAGGUAGUAUCCCAGAGGCACASUCAAUUUUACUUUUUSUUCUGUUUUAGAUGAUUCACACAGYGUACACCUGUGUAUACCUGGACUUUCUGUAGUGUAACUUUCUGAACUCCUAAUUUCCUGUUCUUAAUAUUUAUCAUCUUUUUCUGUGAAAGAUGUAUUCUAGUAAGUACCCAUCCAUCAUGCAAGGUAAACUGGGAUAWUGUUUUGGGGCAAGGAGAACAAACUACUUAAAGCAGUCUGAAGAGACACUGAAAUGCUGUCACUGAAACAGUAUUAGAUUAAAACUUCCCACAGAUUUUUUUCCCUUAAGUUGACUUGUGUCUGUUAAUUGCCAGUGGAUUGUUGGCCUCUGCUGUGGUUUKUAUGUAUUUCUAAGAGAAAUGURAAGAAUUUCCACAGUCCGUUUUUUGGAGCAGAAUGUACAUAACUAAAUGUUGUCUAAGUGUUUUAUUUUGUAAUGUAAUUUCAAAAUCAGAUUCUGGAAAUUAAAACAGUUUUCAUUAAAGUAUAACGUUAAACUAGCUGCCUUAGURUCCAAAUCAGGAUUGAAUUCUUGUGAUAUUUCUUGAUUUAUAUGCCCUCAUCUAGAAUCCAGUUUACUGUGUAACAAGUCAUAUUGUCUCUGUCUCUGUCAAGAACUGUUUUUCUCCAAAGAACUGUGGUUUGCRGUUUUGUUUCCAAAACAAUCAUGGUUAUUUUAACUGUAACUAGAGAAUUCUAAGAAAUUCAUAGAAAUUCAUACUUUUGAAAUUUGGUACAUUUCAACAUUUGGAAUAAUUUCCAAUCAAAGGAAUAAAAGCUGACAGUGCUUGCCCGAGGAAUCACAUACACACACAUAAAAAUAUCAUUUAUUAACUUUUCUUAUAAAAGUAUGGGAAAAUCUGGAGUUUCUAUGAAUAAGGAUCUAAUUUUACUAAAUGACCUUCUGUAAUAAAGUGUAGAAAAUUAAUAAAAAUAUAUAGGAGGAAGUUUG